UGCUUCUAUCUUUCCCCAGGAUAUCCUCCACGCCUCCAAUUCGUUUGUACAUCAUUUCUAUACCUUUUAAUCCCUCCCCAAAAACCCCCACACACAUUCAAAAUGGGCAAGGACGCUGGUUUCGCUCCUGGUAAGCAGUUACUCUUUCCUUUGUGUCGUCACUCCUUGUCUCCGGUGCAUCGUCAUUAUUCACUGGCUUCCCGCCCAUGGCAUUCACUCAAUGCCGUGCGGGUUGUCACCGUAUGAUGGCGGCUACUGGUGGUCGGCAUCUCUGUCCGCUGUGACAUCUUGGGCGCGUCUGUGUUGUCACCUCUACCUCUCUGAUCCGCAACUGCGCACUUUCGCUUUCGCUUCUCCAAACACCACUGCAACGAGAGACGAGAUUUCCAACACAGCACACGACUCAAGCGUUACAUCCGCCAUCAUGACAAGCUGGGAUACCUACUGUUUCCUCACCUCUCUCCACACCCGCGAGGCCGAGUUGGAGGAGUUGAAGAAGAAGGAGGAGCUCGAGGCCGAGGCGGCAAAGAAGGCCGAACAGACCGCUAACGUUGGAACCAUUGCAGGUGACUCCGCCAAGGGUGCUAAGCUCUUCCAGACUCGUUGCGCUCAGUGCCACACCGUCGAGGCUGGUGGUCCCCACAAGGUCGGCCCCAACUUGAGCGGUCUCUUCGGCCGUAAGACCGGUCAGGCCGAGGGCUACGCCUACACCGACGCCAACAAGCAGGCUGGUGUCACCUGGGAUGAGAACUCUCUGUUCUCCUACCUCGAGAACCCCAAGAAGUUCAUCCCCGGUACCAAGAUGGCCUUCGGUGGUCUCAAGAAGACCAAGGAGCGCAACGACCUCAUCACCUACCUCAAGGAGAGCACCGCUUAAAUUCCCUCAC